UGGCCCCCAUCAAAGCUCUCUGCAGUCAGUGCUUCGAGAGCUGGAGGAAGAAGUUUGGACCUCUGGGACUGAACUGCAAGGAGCUGACCGGUGACACAGAAAUUGACGACUUCUUUGAGAUUCACGACUCCCACAUCAUCCUGACCACACCUGAAAAGUGGGACAGCAUGACAAGAAAAUGGAAGGAUAAUUGUUUGUUGCAGCUUGUCAGACUCUUCCUUAUUGAUGAGGUGCAUGUGGUGAAAGAUGCAACCCGUGGUGCCACCUUGGAAGUGGUGGUGAGCAGGAUGAAGGCAGUUCAAACAUUCAGAACCUCCCAGAAUCCAAAGGCGGGGCUCUCCAUGAGAUUUGUGGCUGCUUCAGCUACUGUGCCCAACGUAUCAGAUAUAGCAGAUUGGCUUUCAAAUGAAAGUGGGCCGGCCACAUACCUGAGUAUGGAUGAGAGCCACCGUCCAGUAAAGCUUCGGAAGGUGGUGCUGGGAUUCCCCUGCAGCCAGAACCAAACUGAGUUUAAGUUUGACUUGACGCUUAACUACAAGAUGGCAAACAUCAUCCAGACGUACUCAGAUCAGAAGCCUUCACUGGUGAGCUGGUGAUGUUUGGGAUUGGCUUCCACCACGCAGGAGUUGAUUUGUCUGACAGGAAGCUGGUAGAAGAAGCCUUUACUCUGGGACACCUGCCUGUUCUUUUUACCACCAGGACUCUGGCCAUGGGCGUAAACCUUCCUGCUCACCUGGUGGUGAUCAAGUCCACAGUGCAGUAUGUGGCAGGCUCCUGUGAGGAGUACAGUGAGGCUGACAUCCUGCAGAUGAUCGGCCGGGCCGGACGUCCUCAGUUUGAUUCAUCAGCGACUGCAGUGAUUAUGACCAAGGUUCAAACCAGAGACAAGUACAUGAAAKUUAUGAAUGGAAUAGAAAUCAUUGAGAGCAGCUUACACAGUCACCUGGUGGAGCACCUGAACGCUGAGAUUGUUCUCCAAACCAUCAGUGAUGUCAACAUGGCUUUAGACUGGAUACGCUCCACAUUUCUCUACAUCAGAGCCCUGAAGAACCCUACACACUACGGUUUCUCUGCUGACUUGGACAGAUUCGGUAUUGAAGCUAAGUUGCAAGAACUGUGUCUGAAGAARCUCAACGCUCUGUCAUCCAUUGAUUUAAUCAGCAUGGAUGAGGAUAUUAACAUCAAACCAACAGAGGCUGGCAGGCUGAUGGCGAGGUUUUGUGUUGCUUUUGGCACAAUGAAACUGAUCAGCAACGUGGUCGGCAACGAAAGUUUAUCUGACCUGAUUGAGUUGGUGUCAAAGAGCAGAGAGUUCAGUGACAUUCAGCUGAGAGUGAACGAGAAAAGAGCCCUGAACACACUGAACCGGGACAAAAACAGAACCACCAUCAGAUUUCCUCUUGAGGGAAAGAUCAAAACCAGUGAGAUGAAAGUAAACUGCUUAAUUCAAGCUCAUCUGGGUUCCAUCUCGAUUCAAGACUUUGGACUUACUCAAGACACAGCAAAGAUCUUCAGAAUUGGGAUGCGCAUUAGUAAAUGCUUGUCGGAGUUCRUGAGUCAUCAGUCCAAGAGUAACUUCACUGCUGUUCUCAACUCCCUGAUCCUGGCUAAGUGCUUCAGAGCCAAACUUUGGGAAAACUCACCCUACGUCUCUAAACAGCUGGAGAAGAUAGGUCAGAGUCUGUCCACUGCAAUGGUCAAUGCUGGACUCACCACGUUCACCAAAAUAGAAGAAACCAACCCCAGAGAGCUGGAGCUGCGAUUUGUUGCUGCUGAAGUGUGGCAGCUGGUCGAAGAAGAUAGAUGUGGCGAAGCCUUCCAACGGAGAUGAAAUCAGUGUCAGUCUCAUCAGCUCAGAUUAUGUGGGGCUGGACGUCCAUCAGCAGAUCAGCGUGUUCUACCCAGGUGCCCGGAGGUUUGGAAGUGAAACUCRGUGCAGUCUGACAGGUCCUGAAGAGAGACCGCCACACUCUGCUGGGAAACCUCUGUCCACAACUCAGAGAGAAAGCCUCUCAUCUGCAACUCAACAAGAUUCAGGCAGUAAAAGACAAUGCAACCAUUUCUGCAAGAAUAAGAGUUGUUGCGCUCAUGAGUGUUGUAAAGUAGGUGUAGCAGUGGGCUGGAAGAGAUCAGCCAAUCAGGAAACCAGUUUCUCUUCCUACCUGAAAGACCUGAAGAACAGAAAUGAUGCUUUUGAACAGACACCUGUCAAACGACUCAAGAUGAAAAUGAGAGAGGACAUGCAGACGUUUGCUUACAAACCUAAAGAAAAUCGUCUUCCUGGUUCCUGGUGUGGAAGGAAGGAGUAUAAAACUGCAGACGUAGACCUGACAAAUGAAGGUUCUGCUCUUGUAGCUGGACUGGAUGACCUGGAGCCAGUCUUCUGUGCAGACCCCUCAGCAGCGUGGAGAAUCACUGAAACAAACAGUGGAGGUCUGAGGUCUAACUCAACCAGCUCAUCUCACUCCGACUGGGCUGCAGCCUCCUCUGAACAAGAAGCUUUUGGCCAACAUGUCUCAUCUGCCCAAACACCAGCUGUUACCUUUGAUCUUGGAAGUGAAUGGGAUGACUGGGGGGACUUUGAUGACCAGAACUUGGUUCAGGCCAGUGAAACAUKUGGACUUCUGUGUGAAACAGACCAUCAGUGUGAGAAGUACAAGUCAGCAGGGUACGGCACCCCCUCUGCAGUCAGCUGUCCACAGGUCAAACCCUUGAGGACUGCAGCACCAACACCUCUGAGCAGCCCAACAUGUUUAGUGAUGGGAUCAGGCUGAAAACACCUGACAGGGCUCUGAAACAMCCAGAGGGAGGACCAGUGAACAGAAGGUUGGAUUUCUUCCUCACACCGUCCAGCACCAACUCCUCUCUCAACACAAGCAACGAGGAGGAAGCCUUGUUUGGCAUAUUUGAUGGCAUCUUUUAGAAACAUGUCUGUUUUAAGUCUGACGUUCUUCCUGUUARAAUCCUCAGAGUUGUAGAUUGUUUUGAACUCAUGUUACUCUUUGUUCAUAUUGUAAACUAAACAGACAUGUUGGUCAAACUGUUACUGAUGUGAGUUCAUGCUUGUUUAUUAAAGGUUUUCAUGGAGUUGAUUCGUUACAUUCAUGAGAAGUUGUGUUAGUUAUUUCUAAUGUCCACAGUAGCAGUCAAAGGUGGAUCUAAUGUGAGUCAUUACUGUUAUGUUCACUGGUCACUCUAAACUUGUUCUGGUUGUGAGUGAGACAGGGUUUGGUUGUUUGUGUGUCCCUGUGAUGGACAGGACCAGCUGUCCACAACCUGAAAACAAAAGCAGGUAAAGAAGAUAAAUGGAUUUAAGUUAGUCAGUGUUGAAGAACAAAACCAACAAGCAUGAAGUUCUACAUGAAGAAACUCUGUCAGUGAGAUCUGUCAGCAAUGAUAAUAAACAUUAAUUAUUUAUUAAUAAAAUAAAAUGAAAGAUUGUGUAUCUUGCAUGUCAUUAAUGUUUUCAAUAAAGCUUUUUUUGCCUUUUCUAUUGUAGAAAGGUAAACAAAAUACUUCUAGUGUUUGAUCUCCAUAAUAAAAAUGGUUAUAAUUUCCUGUA